AUGUUGGGUAAUUACAACAUCAGUGCGGCUAAGGAAAACUUUCUCAAGGCCAAACCUCGAAAAUUGUUGCUUCCAUUCAUCUAUCUUGCGAUAUUUAUUCUAUUUGUUCGGACUGCUAUUUCUCACUCGAGAAAUAAUGGUAAUGCAUGGAGUAUUAUCUCUCAGGAUGAGAACUCAACUCAUAUAAGCAACAAUGAUAUUUCAUCAACAUCCUCCUUCAUUUCUGUCCAAGCAAAACCUCAACCCCAAAUAGCAAACAUAACAACCAGCAACAAAGUAGCUGUAAUAAUCGAGACCAGACGCUCGGGAAACAUCAUUCCCUUAAUUCUCCAUUUCAGCGCCGUGUUAGGACCCACCUGGCCUCUCAUAAUCUAUACAUCGGCCGAAAACUUCGGAUCCUUCUCUACAUCAGCGGCACUCCUACGACAUCAAGCCUCAGGGCGUAUCAUCGUGCGAUCUCUGGCCCCAGGUACCUGGUUCUACAACUGGGAUUCUGUGUCUGCAUUUUUGACGACGCGAUGGUUGUGGGAGGAUUUGGCGCCCGCUGAACAUAUAUUGUUGUUUCAAACCGAUAGUAUGUUAUGUGCGAACGCGGCGAGGAGCGUGGAUGAUUUCUUGGAAUAUGAUUUAAUUGGUGCGCCUAUCGAGUCGAAGUUUGGUCAGGGCUAUAAUGGAGGUUUGAGCAUGCGAAGUCGGAAAACUAUCUUGAGGGUUUUGGAUGAGUGGAAGUAUAGUGAUAAUCCGCACCCAGCGGAGGAUCAGUGGUUUUAUGCUAGGUUUAAGGAUUUGCAAGAUAGGGAGAUUGAGGAGGGUAUUGAGGAUGGGAUUAAUUUGCCGAGUAUGGAGAUUGCGAGGACGUUUGCUGUGGAGACCAUUGAUCAUCCUCAUCCUAUGGGUCUCCAUCAACCUACAAGAUAUAUCCAGAAACAUCUAGAUCGAUAG